AUGACGACGGCGUCUGCUGCUCCUUCUGCAUUGGUCGAUUUCAUCGCAGGUACCGCUGGCGGUAUCGCUUCGUUGCUCGCCGGUCACCCUUUUGAUACGGUCAAGACCCGGCUUCAGGCUCAGCCUGCCUCUAGCUCAAGUUGCAGCCUUCUUCCACACAAGCACGACACUCCGUCAAUACGCUCGUCCACUGCCGCAUCCAGCGCGUCGAAACUGGUUUCAUCUUGUCGCAUAGACUACGCUUCCACCAUCGAAUCUAGACAUGCAAUCCCAGCUUCAGCGGCUCACUCGACAGCCAUCCAAAUACCACACAUGGCAUCGUCUUCAACAAGGAGUGGUGGAGGAGCGUUCCACGUCACGCUUCCUAUUUACCGCUCGGCCACAGACGCGUUUCGUAUCAUCAUUCGGGAAGAACGGCUGUCCGGCCUGUACAAAGGUGUCACGUCUCCGAUGCUCGGCGUCGCCAUCAUGAACGCGUCCAUCUUUGGCCUGUACAACAUCUCGCUUCGCUACCAAGAGUCACACCAUGUCUUCUCCGACCACGCUAUUACACAAGUGCUGAUCGCCGGAAUGCUAUCUGGUCUCGGAUCGUCGCUCAUCACGUCACCGAUCGACUUGAUUAAGAUCCGCGAGCAGAUGGAUACCACUCGCGGAAAAACCACAUGGUCCGUCUUCAAGCAUGUGGUCAAAACCGAGGGUGUGAGAAGAGGUGUCUACCGAGGUUGGUGUACCACCGCUAUCCGAGACUUGGGUUAUGGCCCGUACUUCGCCAGCUACGAAUGGCUCAACGGUCAGAUCCAGAGGUAUACAGGAAAACCCUUGACCAACCUGGACAUGGCAAUGAGCGGUGCAGUCGCUGGUGUAGUCGCUUGGCUAAGCACGUUCUGGGCCGACGUGAUCAAAACCAAGAUCCAAGCUACGAACGGUAUCGAUGAUGUGAGAGGACGCAGUUUGUUUUGGUCCACAGCCAAGCACACGUACAGACAAGGUGGGUGGAGAGCGUUUUUCGUAGGAGUAGGUCCCACCGUGUUGCGAGCAUUGCCGGUCAACGCCGUGCUAUUUGUGACGUACGAAGCAACCAAGGACCUGCUUAUCUCUAGAGGGUUUUGA